AUGCCUGACACUACAACCAAAGCUGAUCACCUUUGUGUCCUGGUGCAUGGACUUUGGGGAAACCCAUCUCAUCUGGACUAUGUGGCUUCUGCGCUAAGGGAGCGCCAUGAUGAGGACAGUCUUUACAUUCUAAGCGCAAAAGGCAACAGCGGCAAUUGGACGUACGAUGGAAUCGAGCUCGGCGGCGAGCGACUGGCGCAUGAGAUCGAGGAGACACUGGAGACCUUAGAUAAGAAAGGGCAAAAGAUCAAGAAGCUGAGCAUCGUCGGCUAUUCUCUCGGUGGGCUUGUGUCCCGAUAUGCGAUCGGCUUGUUGCAUGCCCACGGCUGGCUAGAGAAGUUGCAGCCUGUCAACUUCACGACCUUCGCUUCGCCCCAUGUUGGGGUAAGAACGCCGCUUAAAGGAAUCCGAGGUCAAAUUUGGAACGGGCUGGGGCCAAAGACAAUCUCCAUGUCUGGUCAACAACUUUUUAUGGUUGACUCUUUCCGGAACACGGGUCGGCCCCUCCUCAGCGUUCUAGCUGACCCGGAGAGCAUCUUCAUUCAAGGACUGAAACAGUUUCAACACCGAUCCGCUUACGCAAACAUUGUUAAUGACCGCUCCGUUGUGUUUUAUACAUCGGCACUCUCCAAGGUGGACCCCUUCCGGGACUUGGACAAUAUCAAUAUCAACUACGUUAAAGGCUACGAUCAAGUUAUCAUCGACCCUGACAACUAUCUACUUCCAUCUACACCGGAAGAACCAGAGAACGUGGCGUCUCGCUGGUGGAAGCAGCUCAAAACAGUUGUGCAAGGCUUACCUUUUUGGUUGCUUGUCAUCCUGCUUGUGCCGCCUGCCUCGACCAUCUUUCUCGCGAAUGCUGCUGUGCAAACAUGCCGCAGUCGCCAGCGGAUACGACUGCAUACCGAGGGCAAGAAUAAAGUGCUCUUUGGAAGAUACAAAGUGCCUCUUUUAGUGCAGGAUGUCCACCAUGUGAUGGAGGAAGUUUUCGAGAACGUCAACGCUCGACAGGAGCCCGCCUAUCUCUCGAGCACCGAGGAGGACAACCUUUCUGAUUCGUCGACUGAGAAGGUUGGAAUCAAGACUUCGAAGCCAGGCAGUGAAGUGUCCAGUGCUGGCCUAUACCAGCCCACCAAUUCUCAUGCUUAUGAAGAGGAAUAUCCGGCCAGUCAUCAUCACAAGCUUGCGUUGACCGAUGAUCAAUUUGCCAUCAUUGAUUCCCUCAAUGCGGUUGGGUUCCGCAAAUAUCCAGUCUACAUUCACAAGCACCGACACAGCCACGCAGCAAUUAUCGUCAGAGUGCGGAAGGAUGGAUUUGGCGAGGGUGAAAUUGUCAUGAAGCAUUGGCUGGACAAUGAGUUCGUGGUCUGA